AUGGCGGCGGAAACCUUCAACACUAAGAAGAGCGACAGCACCGCUGCGCCAUCUGAGCAACAGUCCACGUCCUCCGCUCAAGACGGCGAAUCGGAGCAACAGCAGCAGCCUACAGCCGCCGAGGCGUCAUCCCCUGGCGACGAUGCGGGACAAGAAGCCUCGCAGGAUCAACAACCAACUGACGACACGCGUAAGGACGAUCAGACUACGCGCCGAUUCCAGAACGACGAACGAGUUUUAGACGAUUUCAUCUUGUCCGGCUAUAUCAGUGCUCGAGAGUAG